CGAGCGGCACCGUCAGUCUCGCGAAGAUAUUCCGGGAGUCAACAGGUGUGACAGGAGCCAGGGAGAGCCUCCGGUGAGAGACGUCGUGUGCCCCUUCCUCGUUUUCUUCUUCCUCUUUCCUCACGUCGCUGACGUUCUUCCUUCCGAAGGAACUCGCGACUCGCGCGACGUUUCCCAAAUUCGCGAGGACGACAACCGGUGACAGCCGCCGAUCAUGCGGUUCUGAGGGAAGAAUCUUCGUUCCUUCUCCCCCCCCCCUCCCCCCCGCGGAUCUCGUGCAGGACCUUCUUGUAUUCUUUUCUUAUUUAUCCUAUUCUGGUGGAAAUCGCCGUAGGAGGAAAUCCAGGAGACAUGACGCCAGGAGACAUGACGAUAGGGAAGUGUCAGAUUAUUUCUCUUCUGUUUUUUAUGACCUUGACACUCGGCACAUGCAACGUCGAGCUGCCUAAACCGGGUUACACCAGGACAAUGUUGAAAGUCUCUCGAAGUCUUCCGGGUGAGACGGAAGAGUUAAAAGUGCGGACAAGCGAAGGCAACUUGGCUACUUUAAUUGUUAAACGACGAGACAAAUCGUCAUUCACACAUGAUGAUUCUCAAUCAACACCGAAACCUAUUCGAGAAGAAUCGAACUUUACUGUGGAAAAUAAAAGAAACUCUUCUACGAAUGCGCAAAAUGAAUCGAGGCUUAAUGACGAAAGGAACGAAUCCAAAAAGAAGAACGAGGUUCGAAAACUCGAGGAAGCUCAAGUAGAACAAAUCAGAGCGACAUUCUCCAAAGUCUCCGAAUCAAAAAGUGAUAAAGCGGAUGUCAAUCGUACCAACGAGAAGCCUACAACUGAGAGAAGUCAACCUAUCAGCAUAAUCGAUUAUGGGAAUUGGACACCAUUGAACGCGGACGGAAGGGCCUUGAGGCAGGAGGAACCGGAGGAAGAAGAGGAGUAUCAAAAUUGGAAACCAUUACGAACAAACUUGGAGACUACUGUCCAAGAGAGAACAAAUUACGACAGGUCGAACGAGGCUGGAUUUAGCAGCGGUAUCCUGUUUGCCAAGAAUUUUCAGGAUCGAGCUGAAAGAAACUUUGAGCUCGAUGAUCAGAGUGACGAGGGCGUAUUUCAUUACAUGUACGUACCACAAACAGUGUCCACGAGGACGAAUAUUGGUGCCAACUUGUCGAAGAAUCGAGACGGCAAGGCCGUGCCUCCAGAAGUGAUCGUCCGAUCGGAGAUCAAUGUGAAGACUGCACCGAAGAGAUCGCCCAUGUCACUGGACAGUGACGGCACGCCGGUGAUCCAUGGUACAAGAGUGCCUGAUGAGCCCAUCGACAAAGUGCAAACCUGGCGGAACGCUCGGGUUAUCAACAACAAGUUGAUAACCCCUGAAGAUAGUCUGACAGUCACCGUGGAGCCUCCUGCUGAUCCUUACUUUAAUGAUAAUGCCUCAGAAAAGAGGCAAAAAUUCGAGAAGUUCUUCAAGGAUGUCAAUCGAAGAUACGGUCGCAACUACGGUGAAGAAGGUCGAAACGUAUAUUUCGAGUGGGAUCCGAGGAACUACAAGAACGAAGCCUUGAAGGCCGAAGUGUACGAGCCGCAGAACGAUCAUUACCGCGCGAGCAUUCAUAAGAGGAUGCUGCACCCGGACGGCAUCGCGAGCUAUCCGAUCUCUCAGCGUUACACCUCCGAAAGUCAGACCAUCGCGCCUGUGGCGUUGAAGGCCGGGGCUCGCGCGCCGGUUCUCCAAUACGCCCAUCCCGAACUGGGCGUACAACCGGCCAAGAUCUUGAAGAACGAGAAACGACGACCGGACAAUUUCCCAGAGAAUCAACACUCGUUCACCGAGCAGCGUCACAAGAAGAAGUACGUGCUGAACAGCAAGAACAUCGUGGACAGCUACACCACGAAGAAUUAUUAUCCGAAUCAGCACUUCUACGGCCUGAAGAGACCGUACGAGCCGCCAUUCUGGGUGAAAAUCUCCGAGAACCUGAAGAAUCAGUUCUCCACCGGGGUCGAGAGGGUCUCGCAGUUCACCAGGCCGGUGAUCGAUCCCCUGGUGGAGGCGACUCACAAAAUUUCGCAGAAUCUCGGUCUGUCCAAGGGCAAGGAGGCUCAGGACAAGAUCGGCACGGUGGCGUCGGGCACCAGUAUUCUGAUACCGGCCUUAGGUCUCGUCGCAUCUGGCGCCGCCCUCGGCAUAGGCGCCGUGGCGGUCGGCCGAUAUCUCGACGUCGACGUUCUGAAACGAUCGAACGCGGACGACGCCGAUCUGGAGCACAAGCGCGCCUUGGAAAGCGGAGCGUAUUUUUCGACGGCCGAGAACAAAAGUUUAAGACCGAACGACGAAGCGACGCCGCAGACUUUGUACGUUCCGCAAAGCAUCCCGCGGGCUGGCAAAGCGGGAGAAGACAGCAGCGCGGACUCGGCGGAGAGUGACGGGGUCUUUCUAGUUUUGGAGGAGGACAAGCGAAACGCCGAGAGGAUUGAGAAUCGGGAAAGUAAACAAGUGAUAGACGAAGCGGAUUACGUGGAAACCAGCGGGCGUAGAAAGAGAAGCCUCGAUUAUUUGGAUAUCUUUAAGGCGGACGUCGACAUGAAAAAUCUGGUACGCAGCAAACGCUUCCAAAGGAAAGGAGCCGAUUCUAUCAGCGAGAUCGUGGAAAUCGAUCUGCCCGCUGGCUCGGAUCACAUCGACAUCACCGAAUUUCUGAUUCCAAAGAGGAAUAAGAAGAAGAAACAUUCGGAUGAAAAUGCUAUUCUAAUUAUCGAGGAAAACACAAAGAUGCCGGUGGAAAAUGCCGUGAAGAACAUUGCGGAUCUCAUCACGGAUAGUUCAUCACGAGACGAAAUAAAUAAAGACAACAAGAAGCAACAAGAAAGAAGGGAGAAAGCCAAUAGUGCUUUCGUCGUGCUGAACAGAUCGCAAGUUCUCGGGAGUAAUCUCGAGGAGGGAGCAACAAACGGAAGACGAAAGCGAAACAUCGAAAGUGAUCAGGAGCUCUUUGACGCGUUACAGAAUCUGGAAAAUGCCGAAGUGGCGGAAGUUGCUCAUAUACAGGGUGAUUGGACGAACACUCCUUGUGCGAAGAGGAUAUUUUGCGACACGAUGAUCCAAAGAGGUUCCGACGCUUCGGUACUUAUGGAGAAAAAAAUGGCAGCGUUAUUAAAAUUAAUCCAGCCUGGAGCAGCCGUUCAGGUGUCCAGUCACUUCGAGGAGGUCAUGGACGCCGUCAGGAGACACGAUUGUUCCAGCUUCCUGUGUCCGCAGGCAAGACCCGGCAAUGUGUUCUUUUAGACGCGCUUGUAACUUCCACACUGCAUCAUUGACUUUUCUCCUAAUAAUAAAUGGGCACCUUUAAAUCUAGUAAAAUUUUGCUGUAAAGAAUCCGCUUUUUUCGUUGCGUUUGCAUGAUUAAAAUGCAAUUUUUCAAAUUACAUUUUCUUCUUAGACGCAACGUAGAAAAUACUCUGACCUCGAUUCUUUGUUAAAAAAUAAUUAUUUUAGUUAUAAAUAAUAAAUGUUUUUUGCAUGCAUCGCAAUUACAAAAUGUUUUAUCUAAUUAUUAAUAAUUAUUUAAUAAUUAUUUUGUAUAUUUGUUAUUAUAAUAAUGCGCAAACUCUAACUGCCAUUUCCCAACUAACGGAACAACAAAGAAACGAGCGAGGAGCGUUUUUACGCAAUUGAUUUAAAAAUUAUAUAUUUCACACAUAUUGAUGCUUAGAAAUAUUAAUAGUAAAUAAAAGAUUAAUACGUCCUUCCUAAACUUGCCGGAUGUAUUAAAUUCGCGUGGUAUGUAAAGUAUUUUUCGACUAGUGGAAAUUUGUGGCUCGUGCGAGAUCAUGAUUACCUGCGAUUAAAAUUUCAAAAAAAUUCUAAUCUUGAAGGAGAUUUUUCAUUAAAUCGCGUAUGCAACAGUUUCACGAUUAAACAUCGAUUAAUAUCAUUUCCGUCGAAUCGGUUGCGAGCCAAAACUGUAUAUACUUGCCACUGAGGCGAUUUUAUUUAAUAUCAUUUUGUAAUUUAGAUAAUUAAGCAUAGGAUUUAGGAGAAAAGAGGUAAUAGGUAGGAGAAAAGAUGUAAGUUCGGCGGUAAGAAAGUUGCAUCUUUUGCAAUUUCCGAAUGUUCACAAUACUGUAUUUCCUAAUCGCUUUUUAGUGAACAUUUCCGCCUGUCGCCUUCAUCUCAUCUUAUUUCUGAUUCUCGCGUUCUGUCGAACAAAACAAAUUACAUCGUGCAUGAUGUAUACGAAGUAUAAUUUAUUUCAAUGUACGAGAGAUUAGAAAUGGAAUGUUACACACAAACGUCACUGAUUCAAAAA